AUGGCCCUCCCCUCGCAGCUAGGCUUCCAAGACGCAGGCUCCCCCCUAAUAGAGGAGCUGCUCCAUUUCCACGACCACGCCCUAAUAGUUGUCUUUUUAAUUAGCACAAUAGUUCUUUACAUUAUUGUUGCAAUAGUUACAGCUAAAUUAACGGACAAACUUGUUCUUGACUCACAAGAAAUUGAAAUUAUCUGAACAGUACUUCCUGCAAUUAUUCUAAUUCUUAUUGCCCUGCCCUCCCUUCGGAUUCUUUAUUUAAUAGACGAAAUUAAUGACCCCCACCUCACAAUUAAAGCCUUAGGCCACCAGUGAUAUUGAAGUUAUGAGUAUACCGAUUAUGAAGAUCUUGGCUUUGACUCCUAUAUAAUUCCUACUCAUGACCUCACCCCUGGACAGUUCCGACUUCUAGAAGCCGACCACCGUAUGGUUAUCCCCACUGAAUCCCCUGCCCGUGUACUUAUUUCUGCUGAAGACGUCCUUCACUCUUGAGCCGUCCCUGCCCUGGGCAUUAAAGCCGACGCAGUCCCCGGCCGCCUAAACCAAACAACCUUUAUUGUUAACCGCCCCGGUGUCUUUUAUGGACAAUGUUCCGAAAUCUGUGGCGCAAAUCACAGCUUCAUACCUAUUGUGGUGGAGGCCAUCCCCUUAGAACAUUUUGAAAACUGAACCUCACUAAUAAGUGAAGAAACUU